CCUCCUCUACAGUCCCGCUGCAGCGCAGUCUCGGCCCGGGAACUCCGAGGGUUUUAAGACCUGCGCCUUCGCCUAAGUCUUGAAGUGACAGAUCAACCCUCGCCUCCCACUCCCCCGCUCCUCGCUUCCAGAGAAAGAGAGAGAGUGAGAGCGGCGCCGCCACUUGCCUUAUUAGUCCUGCUCACCGGCGGGCAGACCCAGCGGCCCGGGGCCCCGGAGCGAACCGCGCGCCAGACAGGCUCACGUGUGACUGGCGGGCUCGGAUCCAGGCGGUGACGCCCGACCCCCGGCCGUGCCCUCCUGAGACAGAGACAGGGAGGAGCAGAGCAGCGACGCGGCGCUCCGGGAGCUCACUUGUUGCGCGCUGGAGGGAACGGGAGCUGGGCGAAGCCGCGGCGCACUCUGAGUCAGGACAGACCCGGGACAGACCCGGGACAGAGCCCGGCAGGUGCCGCAGACUGCCCGUCCCCGGUAAAGUGGGACUUUCCGCGAGCGCCGCCCGGGAAUGUGAAAGCGGACACGCUGGACCACAGCCUGCCGGACACAGGAGCCCCGAGCCACCGCUGGACCUGUCUCACUCUCCCGGAAGCGCUCGUGUGAGAAUCCGCCUUUCUCCUCUCAUUCACGGACGAUGAUGCCCCGGAGCCCCCCGGCCCGCGCGCUGCUGGCCUGGGUCUGCGCGAGCCUCUGUCUGCGGCCGGCGACCCCCCAGGGCGCCGGGGCACCUGAGACAGUUGCGGGAUGCUGCGAGGGAGACCUCCUGUUCCUGGUGGACUCGUCCGGCAGCGUCUCCUCCUACGAGUAUUCCCGGAUCCUGAGCUUCCUGGGCGACCUGCUGGCCCCGUUCUCGCUCGGCCCGGACGAGGUGCAGGUGGGCGUGCUGCAGGUGGGCACCAGCCCGCGGCUGGAGUUCGGCUUCGGGCGGCACCAGAGCCAGGCCGCCCUGCAGGAGGCGCUGCGGGCGCUGCAGCAGCUGCAGGGCGACACCAACACGGGCGCGGCCCUGGCGCUGGCCCGCGAGCGUCUGCUGCAGCCCGGGCCCGGCGGCGCGCGGCCGGGCGUGCCCAAGGUGCUGGUGUGGCUGACAGACGGCGUGAUGACCGGCUCCGUGCUGCAGCCCAUGGCCGGGCUGCGGCAGGCGGGCGUGGCCGUGCUGGCCGUCUCCACGGGCUACGGGAACCUGCAGGAGCUGCAGAAGGUCGUGACCCCACCCGAGGAGCGGCACCUGCACUUCGUGGACAUCGACUCCCUGGGGAUCAUCACCGCCGACCUCCGGGACGCCAUCGUCGAGCUCAUCCGUGUGCAGCGGUUCCGGGUCCGAGAGGUGACGUCGCGGGGGGCCCUGCUGCAGUGGCACCCAGUGCUGACCAAGGACACUGGACAUUACGAGAUCGAGGUGGGGCCAGUGGGGGGGCCGCCGGAUCGGAACCGGAGGCUGACCCACUCGGGAGACACCACGUCCGCUCACCUGACCGGACUGCAGCCCGACACCCGGUACACUGCCACCCUGACGCCCGAGAGCAACGAGCUGUUCUACCGGCCCCGGAGUGUGACCUUCACUACGCUGCCUGAGGAGCUCAGUCCAGCGCAGGUGCUGAUCUCCGACUCCAGCGCCCACAGUCUGCGCGUGAGCUGGGGCCCGCUCCAGCCGGACUCGGUGCAGGAGUAUCUGAUCCAGUUCGGCGCCCUGCCCGCGGACCGGGCCCAGACUGUCACGGUCAGCAGGCUGCAGAACUCCACCGUCCUGCACGGCCUGCAGCCGGACACCAGCUACCUGGUGACAGUGAGCGCGCGCUACCAGUCUGGCCAGGAGAGGGCGAUGUCUGUCAAGGCCUGCACGCAGGAAGGUACGCCUGAGAGCUGA